AUGAACGCGACACGGCCGAUCCCGAUUGGAACAAGCGGUAGCCAACGUGGCUCCCCCGUAACGAGAAGUUUGAACGGUGUUGCAAUGGUGUCACAUUCCCUACCAGCAGACAUGCAUCACGUUCAUCUCUCACGUUUUAUAACAAAUUCAAAUAGCAUAAGAUCCAAUGGAUUAGAACCACCUGGAGCACCACUAGUGGGUUCAAUGCCUGAACCAAAUUUUCUACGGUUUGAAAGCAUGCCUGACUUGGCACUGGGUCCACCUGCUGAGAUGAUUGAAGAGGAUUCACCACCCCAGCGUGUACCAUCUGUGGUUCAGUUUGCGAGUUCAUGUCCCGGGAAUAUUGGGUUUUUUAGAAGUAACAUGACAAGAAGUUCCUGGAGACCGACAUUGGAACCACAUCCAGCUGAACACGAUGAUUUUGAUUUGUCCAAAAGUCCAGCACUUGCUAUGAUGUCGGCCAUGAGAGAGAGAAUGUCAUGGGGAGGAUUAAGUGAAGAGACUACACUACAAUCGGGAAACGGCUUGUCAGACGACGGGUUGUUGAGCUCACGAACACAACCAGUAAGACAUUAUUAUGCCUCGGACGAGUCAUCAAGUUAUGCAGUAAGUGCUGAACUACUGGAAAGACUCAGUAUCACGUCGGAGGAAGAAAGAGAGAGUACAGAGGAACGACACGAGCGCUAUCGGAUGCCAGAGUACAAUUCUCAAAUGUCAGGAAAUCAGAGACGAAGACCCGAGCGACGUGGGUCAAGUGGCAAUGUGUCGGAUACUGGUGACACAGGCAUUUUUGAAUUUGAUGACCAAUAG